CCCUGGUGGCUGACGUAAACUACGUCUUCACUUCCUGUCCAUGUGGUACGGUGUGAGGGAGAGAAGCGAACUGUACAGUUAUCGCCAUGAAAGUAAAGGUGCUGUGCAGGAAUCCGGAUGACUACGUGCGGGAGACCAAAAAGGAUCUGCCCCGAGUUCCACGUAACUAUGACCCCUCGCUCCACCCAUUUGAAGUACCGCGUGAAUACGCCAGAGCCUUAAAUGCCACCAAGCUGGAGCGGGUGUUUGCCAAGCCUUUCGUUGCGGCACUGGAAGGUCACAGAGAUGGGAUCAACUGUAUGGCGAAGCAUCCCAAGAGCCUGUCCACAGUGCUCUCAGGGGCCUGUGAUGGAGAGGUGAAGAUUUGGAAUCUGACCACACGAAAAUGCACGCGAACAGUACAAGCGCAUGAAGGCUUUGUCCGAGGAAUGUGUGUCCGAUUCUGUGGGACUUCUUUUUUUACAGUUGGUGAUGACAAAACAGUGAAGCAGUGGAAGAUGGAAAGUCCAGGAUAUGGCGAGAAAGAGGAGCCAAUCCACACAGUUCUAGGGAAGUCAGUCUUUACAGGCGUGGACCACCACUGGAGGAAGGCUGUGUUUGCUACGUGUGGACAGCAAGUGGAUAUCUGGGAUGAACAGAGGACCUCUCCUAUGCGAUCCUACACCUGGGGAGUUGACAGCAUCACCUCUGUGAAAUUUAAUCCUGUUGAGACACACGUGUUAGGAAGCUGUGCUGCUGAUAGGAGUAUUGUCCUGUAUGACAUACGGAAGCCAACACCACUGAAAAAGAUUAUUCUAGAAAUGAGGACAAAUGCGCUCUGCUGGAACCCUAUGGAAGCCUUUAUUUUUACUGCAGCUAAUGAGAACUACAAAUUGUACACAUAUGACAUGCGAAACAUGGAAGCCCCCGUAUGUGUACAUAUGGACCAUGUGUCAGCUGUCCUGGAUGUUGACUACUCUCCAACCGGGAAAGAAUUUGUGACCGCCAGCUUUGAUAAAUCAGUUCGCAUCUUUGCCUCUACAAGUGGGCACAGCAGGGAAGUGUAUCACACAAAGAGGAUGCAGCACGUCACCUGCGUCCGGUGGUCUUCCGACAACAAGUACAUUCUCUGCGGCUCGGACGAAAUGAACAUCCGUAUUUGGAAAGCAAACGCCUCCGAGAAACUUGGCCUGUUAUCACCACGAGAGAGGGCUGCACAGAACUACAACCAGAAACUGAAGGAAAAAUUCAAGCAUCACCCCCAGAUCAGGAGAAUCUCCCGCCACAGACACCUCCCCAGGCCCAUAUACAGCCAGAUACAUGAGCAGCGCGUCAUGAAGGAGGCUCGCCGCAAGAAGGAUUUGAAUCGGCGCAAACACAGCAAAAAGGGCACGGUGCCCAUCAUACCAGAGAAGAAGAAGCAUGUGGUGGCAGUGCUGGAAUGAAACCUGUCCUCCUGAGAAGUUGUACAGUUCUCCUAUCCCAGACUUUGUACUAUGGCACCAGGAAUAUCCCUGUAUUUAUGGGAUUAGCAGGAAGUGAACUCAUGGGAAGUUUUUGGUACCCAUUGAUGCUUUUUUGGAAGCAGCAUCUUCAAAUAAAAAGUAUAUUAACUAAA